AUGGCACCACUCUGGGAACUGGCCAUCCCAGAACCAUCAUGUCUCAGCCUUCUAUUAUUAUCAGGCUUUCUGAUUUGGGGGUUUUGGAUGCUGUUUUCUGGAAAGCUGAGCCGGACACAGGCGACAGUCAAGGCAGACGCAGAGAUUUCAAAGCAGCAUAAGUUGAAAGAUAUUCAGAAAUUCACAGCUCCACAGUGGGAAGAAAACCUCAGGAUGAACUUCAUGGAAGGUAACCUGACAUGUCUUUCAGGAUUCCCUAUGGGAUGGGCCCAGGAGUAUAUACUCUGGUCAAUGGACAGAAGUCUUCAGCAGAUCUUCCAACACCUAGAAAAUGCAAGGUCAAGUCUUAUGGAACUGUGCUUGCCCGAGUCACAGAAUGUGAUUGCUUCUUCCACCUCAUCUGUUAUUAUGACUCAGGAGCCUGUUCCUCCCAGUUGUGACUGUAAGAAGGCCAAACAUAUUGACCAGAGAAUCUCCUCUGGAACUUCAAGCAGUGACUCUAGUCUGUCUCAUCUUCCAGUCUUUUCAGAAACAAAUUGGCAAUUCCGCAGCUCUAGUUUACCUACAUUCUCUACAAAAAAAUCGACGGUAUUCAGGGACAAAGGUUCAUCUCUACCUUCUCUUCAGCUCUCAGAGCUUGGCAAACCCACAUUUUUUCAGAAUUUGGAAGCUUUUUCACCCUUAAUGUCUCAAAACUCUUUUACCAAUUCAGUCUUUGAAUGCUCAGAUGUCUUUGAAGAACAGAAGAAAACAAAGGCUGAGAGAAGGAGCAAAAGUCACCUGACAUCAGAUCAAGAGCCAGGUGUUAUUUCCGAAAUGAGACCACAAUUCCCAGAGUGUACAUUAAUCCAGCUCUCUCCUAUAGCUAAAUGGGAGUUAGAAGGACACAUGGCUUGGAAAGUUUGCACUUUGCGGAAACAAACAGUACCUCUGGCUGUGAGAGAAUCCUGGGCUAUGCUGAAUUAUUUAUCUGAGGUACAAAGAGAAGUCCCAGAGCCAGAGAAAACCCAAGUCCAAUUAUCUAUGCCCAUGCAUCAAAGUACUGAGCAAAACAGCAACAACAAAUCCUCAGACCUAUCAUCAUUUCAGUUAAAAAUGAACAUUGGAGUGGAGUCUGGAUUAAGUAGAACAAAAACAAAAAUUUCACAGUCACUUAUACCAGCUAAACCAUUGCAACCUGGAGAUGGCCCUCAAAUGCUUGGAUUGAAGCCUUUAGUUACAUCGAUGGGCACUCGACCUCCGCAAAGUGUAGGAGUUGACAUAAUUCAAGAGGAAACUACUUUUCUGCAAAAGGACCCAAAACAUAUACUAGAGCUUAGUAUAGAGCAGAGGGUUAUAGGUCUUCCAGAGAAAAAUAUCCAGCAACAAAAGACCCAAGUGACCAACAUGGAGUUGACCCCAAGGCUACCAUGUCAAGACACAGAUAGCAUAAAGGUAACCCCUCUGGCAUUGCUUCAGGUAAUGGAUUCAAUGGGGAUGAUCCCAGAGUCACAUUCAGAAGUGAUAGAAUCUGUGGGUUUAUUCACACAGUUGCAAAAUAAAGCUAUGAAACGAACACAAGGCAUGAAAACAAUGACUGAAAGUCACAAACCAUUGUUUGAAGUCACUAAAGCAGUGGAAGUAAUCCCAGUAUCCCAGUGUCAAAUUAAGGAGUCAAAAAUGCUGAUGUCAAGAUCAGUGAAGCAAGACACAGACAAUGUGAAGGUAACUCCUGUAGCAUUGCUUCAAGUCAUGGAUUCUAUGGGAAUGACUGAAAAAUCACACCCAUGUAUCUUAGGAUCUGUGGAAAUGACCCCAAGGCCACAAUACCCAGACAAAGAAUCUAUGAAAAUGAACACACUGUCAGAUCAUCAAGUUCUAAGACCAGGAAAGAUGAGCUCACAACAUACAGCCACUGAAACUGUGGAAAUGACCCCAGAGUCACAGCAUAAAGUUAUAGAGUCAGUGGGGAAAACCUCUAGUUCACAAAGUAAAGUCAAAGAACUAGAGGCUAUUCCAGCAUCAAUAUGUCAAAAAACAGAAUCAUCAGAAAUGAUCUCCGGGACAUCACCUCAAGUCAUGGACUACAUGAAAGUAACUCCAGUAGCAUUAUUACAGACUAUGGAUUCCAUGGGGUUAAUUCCACCAGCACAACCACACAUUACAAGACCUGCUGGUUUGACCCCAGACUCACAGUCUCAAGUUGCAACUUUGGACCCAAGGAUAACUCAAUCAGAUGUCUUGACUUCUAACUGUCCUACUACUCCUGGUUCACUUGGAUUUGCAGAAUCUGUGGACUUAUCUCUAAAAGCAAUACCUAAAGUCAUGAAAUCAGAAGAAAAGGUUUCAGCACCAUCACAUUAUUCUAUACAUUCUCUAAAGAUAACCCCACGAGGGUCACCUGUGGGAAUUAUCACAGCUUUACAGCCACAAGAUGUACAAACUAAAGAUCUGACCCCAACACUAGCAUCUCAAGAUAAGGAAUCUCUGGAGAUUACUCCUAUCCCAUGGACCCAAGUACUAGACUCUAUAGGAAUGACUUCACCAUCACAUCAACACAGUAUAGAAUCUAUGUCAUUAACUUCAGGGUCACUUCCUCAAGCCAAGGAAUCUUUGAGGUUGACUCCAGAACAUCAAAUCCUAGAACAUUUAGAGAUGAUUCCAAAGCAAAGUCACCAAGUUAUGGAAACUACUGGAUUGACCUCUGACACAUGCCUACAAAGGAAGAAAUCUGUAGAGUUGACACAAUUGAGUCAUCAAGUAAUAGAAUCUUUAGGGACAAUUCCAACAUCACUGGGUCAAGGUAUAGAAUCUAUGGGAAUAAAUCAAAAGCCACAGCAAAGAGUAACAGAAUCUGCAGUAAAGACUACAGUACUACUGCCUCAAAGUAUAGAGUCAGCACCAAAGCUUACAAUUACAGAUGCUAUAGAGUUACCCCCAGGAUUACAAAAUGCAGAAUCUGGAAAAUUGACCUUGGGACCCAAAUUACAAUGUAUAAGAUCUGUAGAUGUAACCACAAAUUCAACCCCACAUAUAGUAAAAUAUGAACAGCUGAUCCCAGGUGUGAACUCUAAAGAAUUGCCCCCAGAAUUUCAACCACUGAGUGUAAAAUCUGCUGAAUUAUCCCAAGCAUCACAGUGGCAAAGUAAGAAACCUAUAGAGGUAAUACCUAGUUCACAGUCUCAAGGUAUAAGAUAUGCUCCUUUGACCUUGGGGCUUCCAAGUGUAAGAACUGUGGAGGAGGCCCUAAGAUCACCAAAGGAAGGUAAGGAAUCUGUUGAUCUGGUUCCAGAGCCAUGCUUACAAAAUAUAAGAUCUAAAGAUAGAGCCUCAGUAUUGUCACCUGAAGAGGUAAAAACUCCUCAAAUGGUAGCAUGUAGGAAGCAAGAUAUAAAACAUGUGGAGGUGGUUCCAGGGGCAUACAUUCCAACAGUUCUAUCUGUAGAGUUGAAGCCCAAACCAAAUAAUCAAAUCAUCAAACCUGAAGGACUGACCUCAUGUAAUCAAACUCCAAAAGCUUGGGGGAUGAUCUUGGAGCCAGUGAAGCAAGAAACUGAAUCAAAGUUGACCUUUGACACUUGUCAUGAAGUAAAAGAAUCUGUGGGGGCGACACAAACAUCUUUAGGAUACAUCUCAGGGUCACUGAGCCCAACUUCCAAAUUUCUGCAGAUGAACCCACUGUCACCUAAAUGUACUCCUGAGACACUGCUCCAAAGUGUAAAAAUCAUGGGGGAAAUGCCAGUGAUGCAACACACAAGCCAGGGCUCUCUGGGGUUGGUACCAGGACCAGAGAAACAAAGUGUGAAAUCAGAGAUGUUCACUCCAGAGUUCCAACGUAUGAAGUUUGUUCAUCUGGAUGCAGAGCCAUAUUCAGGAGUUGUAAACUAUGAGGAGCUGAUCACUGAACCACAAUUUGAAAACGUAGAAUCCAUGCCACUGACCUCAGGACCACAGUCCCAAAGUAUAGAACCUGAGAGACUCACUCUAGAACCUCUAAUGUCUGAGAAACAGUGUAUGGACUUUACUCCACAGGAAGAAUCUAGGCCAUUCAUUCCUGAGCCACAGUUGCUGCAUGCUGAAUCAAGGAGACUGUCCAUGGAACCCCAUUUACAAGUGAAAGGUUUUACUACCAGACCAACGGAUCAAGAAACAGCACCAGCAGAAUUAGCUUCUGCUAUCUGGCCACAAAAGGAGGAGUCCAUGAAAUUAACACCACAACAAGUUACAGAAAUUGCUGGGGUAAAGCCAAGGCACUAUUUUCAAAAAAUUUCAAGGUCAACUCCAGGGCUAGGCUACCAUGACACAAAAACUGUGAGGCCAACUUAUGAAGCAUUAGCACAAAAAUCAACAGGUCAAACUAUGGAAUCUACAGGAAUGAUUGUCAGGCCACACCUUCAAGUUACAGAGACAUCCGUAAGGCCAGAAUCUGAAAACAUAGAAAUGGUAGGAGGGGCAUUGUUCCCGGUGAAAAACAUCCAGCAGGCAAUGCCAGCACCAUCAUAUUCACAAAAAGUGUCACUAAGAUCAGAGAUGAAGUAUAAAAAAACAGAGCCACUGCUGGAAAUUUUGAAGUCUGUGAAAUUAACCUCCAAAUUAGCCCCAAUAGUGCUAGGAUCUAAACAGUUUACUACAGAACUAAAACCACAUGUUGGGGAGUUGGGCUCAAGGCCACAGUCCCAGGAAGUAAAGCCUAGGCAGUUGGGCCCAGAAUCAAAACUACAAGACAUGAAAUGUGCUAAUUUAAUUCAGCAAUCAAUUCCCAAAGUGGUGGAUUCUGAGAAAGUGAUACAACAGACAGUACUAUCAAGUACCAGACCAGAGGCAUUGACUAAAGACCCACAGCUCCAAGGUGUGAAAUCAAUCCCAGGGCCACUACUGCAAAGUGUCAGAUUUUCAAAGUCAUCUCCAAGAUCAUUUCUUCAAGGAAAAAAACCGCUGGGUUUUACCCCACAAUGUGGGGUGAAAUCUAAUGAAGUAACCCCAGGUUCCCCAAUACAAGAAAUCAAAUUGUCAGAUUGUAUCCCAGGGCAAAAGCAUCAAAGUAUACAGUUAACUCCAGAACCACAAACUCAAGGUGGGAAAUUUAGGGAACUAAGCUCAGGACCGUGCUUGCAGGAUGUAAUAUUUCCUGAUUUGACCCCAGAACCAAAGAAUCAAGAUUUCAAAUGUGUGCAGAGUAUACCAAAAACACAGUUUAAAGAUGUGAAGACCUUAAAGUUUGUAGCAGAGUUACCUCUACAGUCAAGCCAACUGUUCCCAGUUAGGGAUAUGAAAUCUGUUCUGUCUCCUAUUGUAUCACAGUUUUAUAGCAAGGAACAUAUGAAAUCAGCGUCACAACUACACUCCCACAGUGUGAAGUCUGAGGAAAUACAUGUAGGACCAAGGCAGGAAGAAGUCAAAUUUUCUGAAUUGACUUCAGGGCCAAAACUUCAAGGUGUCAAAUUUGGGGAGCAAGCCCCAGGGUUCACGUUUCAUGGUGUGAAACCUGUGGCUGUGAUUCCAGAGUUGGGACGUCAAGAUUCUAGUUCAGUAAAGGGAAGUCCUAAACUUCAAGAUAAGAAACAAGCAGGGCAUAACCUUGGGCCACGGCUACAAGAUGUCAAAUUUCGUGACCUGAUAUUAGAAACUCAACCACAAAGUGUGAAAUCUUCAGAGUUAAAGGCAGGGCCACAGUUACAAUGUGUGAAAUUUUCUGAAUUGCCCCCAGAAUCAAAUAUACAUGGUAUAAGAUCUGUGGAGUUAUGCUCAGACCCUGAGCAACAAGGGGUCAAGCCUAAGCUGUCAGUACCACACCAACAGUUUCAAGACCAUACACCAAGGUUUGAAAGUGACAUUACUUAUAAAUUAGCCUCAAAACAACAAAAACCAGAUGCAAAAUAUAUGGGAUUGACUCAUGAGUUGCAGCUGCCAAGUGUAAACUCUUGUGAGUUAGGGGAUAGGAAAUCGUCUGAAUUGAUCCAACAACGACAGUUGCAAGACACAAAAACUGUGGAGUGGAUCCCAGUCUCAAAGCUUCAUUUUAAAUCUGAUUUAUUGACUUCAGAGCCACAGGUGGUAGAUAAAAAUUCUGCAACCUCAACUCUAGGAAAUUACCUAAAAGAUAUAAAAUCCAUGUUUCAAACCCAUAAUUCACACCUGGAAGAUGAGAAAUCUGUGAAGACAACCUCAGGACCACAGCUACAAGAUCUCACAUCUGUGGAAGCCAUUCCAGAUUCUGAAUGUGAAGAUGCAAACUUGGAUGACUUCACUCUGCAUUCAAGAACUGAAGAGUUUAAAGCUAUAGGGUUGGUUCCAGGUAUACAACUGAAAUCUAGUCUUGAGAUGCAGGGUGAUAAUUCUGUGCCUUUUGCCCUAGGACCUUUGUGCCCAAAGCUUCACCUUCAAGUUGGAAAACAUGAGGAAUUGACUUCAGAGUCACAAAUACAAGAUAGCAAAUUUGUGGAGAAGACCUCAUGUUUAAAGAUCCAAAGUUUAAAAUCUGCAAAGGAGACUACAGAACCAGAGAUGCAACAUGUGAAAUCUGCAAACUUGAUCCCAAAGUUAAAGAGGCAAGUGGUAAAAUCUGCAAAUGCAGCCAGAAGACAAAAGCCUCAAGGAGUACAAUCUAUAGAUUUAGCCCCAAGGCAACAGUUUCAUGGGAUGGAACCUAUGAAUUUAACUCCUGGCUCACAAAAGGAUAGUGAGUUGUCCGGAAUCUCACUGGCACAGCAAUAUGGGAAUUCAGAACAGUUGAGAAAAGGUACUAAGUCAGAAGAUGGCUUAUAUUUGGAGUUAAUUCCAAAGCCAAUAAUUAAUUCUUCCAAGUUGACUCAACAACCAGAGCAGCUCCAAGUGAAACCUCUGGAGUUAACUUCAGAAGCACAACUUCAGGACAUGACAACUCUUAUAUCAAAACAAGAAUCACCAUUUAAAAGUAGAAACUCUGUUCAGUGGACACCAAAAUCUGAGUUAGAAGGGGUGAAAUCUUUAGGCUUAAAUGUUGGGUCACAAGCUCAAGGUGUUCAAUCUGCAGACUCAAUGUCUUUGGUAAACUCAAGAGAUACAAAGUCAUCUGGAUUAACAUUAGUGCCUCAAACUCAAGGUACAACAUUUACAGAAUUCAAUAUCCAGCCACAGUUGCAGAGAGGGAAAAACCCAGAGCUGAAUCCAGGGCCACAGCUGCAAAAAGAGAAACUUUUUGUGUCAGCCUCAGCACCACCACUUCAAGAUAUGAAAACUGUGGCAACAAGCCAAGAUCUACAGCUUGGAAGUAUGGAGUCAAGCCAGUGGAUGCCUGUACUAGGGUUUCAAGGUAUGAACUCUUUGCUAGGUUUUGGGUCACAAUCUCAACCUAUCAAUCCUAUAGAAUGGAAACCUUUGCUACAGUUAAAAGAUGUGACAUCAUCUCUGUUGACUCCAAGUUCAAAAUUCCAGUACCAUGAGCCUCAAGUUGAUUUGAACCGUUGUCUACAGUUUAGGGAUAUGAAGUCAUGUGACCUGGCUUUGACGUCAGAGCCCUGUGAUGUAAAAUCAAUCAUGUCCAAACCUAUGCUUCAGUUGCAAGAUGAGAAGUCUCCUGAGUUUAAUCCAAGAUCACAUCCUCAAGAAGUGAAACUCAUACAGUCAUGCCUAGGAGCACAGCUUAAAGGUGUGAAGUCUCCAAUGGCUACAGAAGAGUCACUGUUUCCUGGGUUGAAAGCUGCAAUAUUAAACCAAAGACUACAACUACCAAGUAAUAAAACCACAGGAUUAAACUCUUCAUUGUACUUGAAAAGUAUGAAGACAUCUGAAUCGACUCUUCAGAAAAACCUUCAGGGUGUGAAAUCUGAGGAGUUUAAUUCUGUGCAAGGUCUAAAACCUUCUAAGAAGCCGUUUGAGGCAGAGUCCCAAGAUAUAGUCCUUACUGGGUUAAACACCCAUUCACAGUUGCAAAGCCUGCCAUUUUCUAAAGAAAACACAGGGACAAAUAUUCAAGGUCUCAAAUCUAAGGAUGUCAAUAUCGGGUCAUUGUUACAAGGCAUGAAAUGUUCUGAAAGAACCUCAGAGAUAAAGCUUCAAGGUGCAAAAUCUAAAGAAUGCUGCCACGGCACCCGGCUGCAAGUUGUAAAAUCUUCUGAACUGAUCCUAGGACCAACGCUUCAAGACAUGAAAUUGGAAUUCAGCCCUGAGUCACAAUUAAAAGGGCUGACAUCUUCUAGGAUAAUUCCAGACACAAAGCUUCAAGAUACAGAAUCUAAGAAGUUCAAACCUGAGCCACAGUUGCAGGGUGCAGAAUAUUCUAAGUUGAAACUGGGAGCAGAGCUUCAAAAAAUCAAAUCAGUGGAAUACAAGUCAGGCCCACAGUUACAAGAUAUAAAAUCUUCUGAGCUGAUCACAGGUAUACAGCUUGAUGAUGUGAAAUCUAUGAGUCAUAGGCCUGAACGACAAUCACAGAGAGUAAAAUCUUUUGAAUCUCUCCUAAGGGAAAAGCUUCAAGGUGUGAGAUCUGUAGAACUGAAGUUUAGCCCAGUGUCACAAGAUAAGAAAUCUUCUGGUUUGACUCUAAGGAAAAACUUUCCAGGUACAAAAUCUGUAGAGUCACGCCCAGAUCCACAACUAGAAAAUAUAAAAUGCUCUGAACUGAUCAUGGGUAUAAAACUUAGAGAUACAAAGUCUACAGGCUUUAGAUCUAGAUCACAUUUUCAAGGUAUAAAACCAGCUGAAGUGAUCCCUCAGUCAAAAUUUCAAGAAGUGAAAUCAGUGUUGAACUCUGGGCCACAAAGUAAAAAACCUGAGUCGAUGAAGCUUCAAAUAAAGAACUCUACAGAAGUUAGUCAUGGUCCAGAAUUUCAGGUGGCAAAACUAUCUGGUCUAGCCUUGGAAUCAAAGAUUCACAAUAAAAUACCUUCUGAACUCACUGCUGGAAAGCAGUGGCAAGAUGAGAAACCUUACACAGUAAACCCGUGGCCAGACCUUCAAAAUUUAAACUUCAUGUUCAAUCCUGGACCACAUUUACAACAUACAAACUCUUCAGAAUUAUGCAAAGAGACAAAACUUCAAGAUAUGAAACUUUUGAAAUUUGCUUUUAACCAACAAUUAAAAAAUACAAAAUCUUCUCAGUUAUGCUUGGGAACCAAGCUUCAAGAUAUGAAAUCUUUAGAUUUGCAAAGCAUCAGAUCUGAACUGAAUCUUGAAUCAAAACCUCCAGAUAUAAAAUCUAAGACAUUCUGCCUUGGACAUUUGCAAGAUAUGACUCUUUCUGCCUUAAUUCCAGACCCAAAGCUUCAAUAUCCAGAUUCUCUUGAGUACAACCCUGUGAAACAAUUACAAGCUAUGAAUUGUUCUGAAUUAACUGCAGCUUCAAAACUUGAGGGUAUGAAGUCUUCUGAGUUGAAUCCAGAGACUGAGAUUCAAAGUGAGCCAUUUCAGGUGUGCACUCCUGAACAACAAAGUCAGGAUCUGAAAUCUGGAUUCAUUGCAGAGUCAUGGUCCUUUGGUGUUGUACCUACUGGGUCCAGUGUUGGUCCACAGAUGCAGGGAUCACUUUCUUCUGCACUGUAUCCAAGGUCCGAAUCACAGUGUAUAAAUCCUAUGGAGUAUAUACACACACCACCCACCCAGGAUGUAAAAUUGCUUGAGUUGACUUUGGGGACAAAAUGUAAAGGUAUAACAUCUUCUGAGUUGAACCCAGAGACAGAAAUUCAAAGCAAGCCAUUGAUGGUGUGCAGCCCUGAACAUUUGCAAAGUGUAAACUCUUCUGAGUUGACUUCUGAGACAAAAUGUCAAGAUACAAGAUUUGAAGGUAAUCUGGGGACAAAGAUUCAAAGUGAGAUUUCUAAGAUGUGCAGUCCUGGCCCACAGAGGCAAGGAUUGAGACCUGGAUCAAUUUCAGAGACACAGUUCCUACAUGAAGCAGGGAGAAGCUGCAGCCCUGGGCCACAGACACAGUGUGUAAAUUCUUCAAUGUUAAAUCAAGGUUCAAAGUCACAAUGUGUAAAUUCUGUGGAGUACACCCAUGCACCACCUUUGCAAGGUAUAAACUCUUUUGAGCUGACUUCAGGGGCAAAAUGUAAAUGUAUAAAAUCUUCUGAUUUGAAUCAAAUGUCAGAACUUAAAGGUACAAGAUCUUCUAUUUUUGACUUUGCACAAUUUUUACACAAUAUAAAAUGUGAAAUGACUCCAGGGACAAAGCUUCAAGGCACUGCAUCAAUGGAGAUAAACUCUGACCGACAGCCACGAGGUGUGAAUCCUUCUGAGUUGAAUUCACUGUCAGAACGUCUGUGCGUAAAUUCCAUUACAUUUAAUGUAGGACCAGAUAUGCAAGGCACAAAACCCUCUGACUCGAAUCCUGGGUCAGAAUCUCAAGGUGAAUCUAUUUUACUCAAUUCUGAACCACAUUUACAUGAUGUGAAAUCUUCAGAGUUAGCUUCAGGGACAAAGUUCCCAGAAGUCGAGUGUUUGGAGAACAAUCCUUGGUCACAACAACAAGUUGUGCAAUCUGUGUUCACUAGUGGUGUAGAAUCAGGGGUGUCUGCGCCAGGGGUAACACAUGAAGAGGUCAAAUCUGAGAAGGUGAAAAAUGAGGCACUGGCUUGUAGUACAAAUUCUGGGAAAUUGACUUCAGGCUGUGAGAUGCAGGGUAUAAAAUCUGAGGUGUCUACACAUGAGUCAGGUUUUCAAAAAGUAAAACCUAUGCAGUUAAGUCCAGGGUCAAAUCCUCAAAGAGUGAAUUGCAGAAAGUUUCCCUCACACCGGAGGCAGCAUAGGGUGAGGUCUGUAGCAUCUGACUCAGAGUCGACUUUUCCAGGUGCAAAGUCUUUGGGGUUGAAAGUAGGCCGGAGACCCCAAGAUGUGAAUUCUAAGAAGUUGAAUCCUUGUUUCAGGCAUAAAUCUAUGGUGUUGGAAUCAAAUCUGUGUUCUCAAGAUGUGAAAUCUAUUAAGUCAGACUUCUGUUCACAACCUCAAAGUUUUUCAGAGUUUCCCUCAUGCCCCAGUCCACAAUGUGUUAACUCUGAGAUCUCUGUACCAGAGCCAUGCCAUCAGGACAUUCAAUCUGUAGAAUUGAUACCAGAGUCCCAACAGUGGAGUACUCGCCAAGAGUUGCAUUCAGGAUGGGAAAAUAUGAAAUCAGUGGCAUCUGCACCAGAACCCACCAAGAAACUCCUAUCAGGACCAAUGAUGACUAGUGUCAAAAUUUCAAAUUUGUCUUUAGAAUCACAGAAUCAACAAUUUCAAGGUGUGAAAUCUUUGGAGGUUACUCCGGAAUCAAAUUUGCAAAGUAUAAAACAUGUGGCAUUGUCUUCAGUAUCUCUUCAGCAAGCUCCAAAAUCUGUGAAGUCAGCACCUGGAUCACUGCUUCAAAUAAUGGAAUCGGUGGACUCAAAUCCACGAACAAGCUGUCAAAUGGUAGAUUCCUUUAAGACAAGCCUGAGACCAAAGCAUCAGGUUAUAGACUACAAAGAGAUGAUUCUAAAGCCAAGGAAUCAAGUCAUUAAAUCAAUGAAUUUAGUAACACCAGUUUAUCAAGUAACAGAAGCAUCAGACACGGCACAAAGGUUGGAAUGUCAAAGCACAAAAUCUGUAAAGAAAUCUGUAGAAUUGACCCCAAAUUCAAGUCAUAAAUUCAUGGAACCCUUAGAGAGUCCUCUGGAGCUAGAUCAGAAAGUACCAGAGUUUACAAACCUGACUCCAAUGCUAGGGGAUCAAGGCUUGUCACCCUUAGAGAAUAGCAACCAAAUCCCGGAAAUCCUGAAUUUGCUCUCUCAGAAAACAUGGCCUAAAGUUAAGGAUUUGGGGGAGUUAUAUAAAAGACCACUGCAGCAAGUUGUGGAAUCUGAAGGGAUGACUCCACAACUUCACAUUACAGAAACUUUGGAGUUUGCCUCUGAAGUAAGGCCACACAUGGAGGAAUUCCUUGGAAUGGCCCUCAAGACGAAGUCAACAAGUAAAGCCACUAGAUAUUUAAAGAGAUCAUCAAGACCCUAUCCUCAAGUCAUAGGAGCUAUAGAGAUAACAUCUGGAAAAAGAGCACAAAGGGAAGAAUCUGUCACAUUGUUUACAAAGCCAUCAAAUCAUGUACCUGAAUUUUCAGAGAUGAUACCAGUGUUAAUACAGCAUGUUCCUGAACCUGUGGGGCUGACAUCCAAGACAGGACUCCAAAUGAAGGAACCUAUGAAAUUAAACCUGAAGUCACAGGAUCAUGUGGAAUCUUCUGGGUUAGGAUAUCAAGUCCUAGAAUAUGUGGAUUUGACCCCUAAACAAUGUACUCAAAAGGAGGAAUCUUUAGAGUUACCCCCAAAGCAAACAAGUCAACUUGAGGGGAAUAUAGACUCUUUACAGCCCAUCUCUGUGACUUGGAAGCAAGGGGAGGGGUCAAUGAGACCAACACAGUUACAGAUGCAAAGUAUGAAAUCCUCAGAGAGAGCUCCAGGACCACUGGAUCAGACUAGUCCAAAGUCACUAGAGAAAAUCACAAGACCUACAAAAACACAGCUUCAAGUUACUCAGCAAAUAGAGGUAGUCAUAAGACCCCCUGAAAAAGUGGUUGAGUAUGUGAAAGUGACUCCUGGUCCACCUCUUCAAGUUGUGAAUUCUGUGCCAUUAGUGCCAGAGUCAACAUCUCAGAUGGCAGGGUAUGCUGAGUCUUCAAAACCACAAAAAGUGAGACCUUCAGAGUAUAUGUCAGGGAUAUGGUUGCAAAAUGCGAAAUCUAAGAAGUUAACCACAGAGCCAACACAUCUAAUUUUGGAAACAACAGAGUUAGCAGGGUUUCAAAUUGUAAAGACUGUGUUAAACCCAGAGCCACCACUUCAAAUUGCGAACUCUGAGGAAUUAACACCAAGACCAAUGCCUCAGGUUGUUGAACUAAAAGGAGAUGCCCUGGGAACAGGGAUUAAAGUAAUUGAUUGUUUGGAUUUACUCCCAACAUCAUAUAUUAAAAAAUUGGCACAACCGCCAAGGUCAAAUGCUGAAGUGAAAUCUGCACAGUUCACUUCACAACCAACACCUCCAUUUUCAACUCCUACAGUGUUGACUUACGAAGAACAGUUUCAGACUGUUAAUUCUAUAGGGAAGAAAACAGGGCCUUCUCAAGUCAUGGAGCCUGUGGGUUUGAAUUUAGGGCAGGUGUGUCAGAAUAGGGAAUCUGAGGAGUUAAUAUCAGGAGAAUUACAAGUAGAGAAUUACUUCUCUAGGUUUCUAUACAGUUCUUCAAACUCAUUUAUCUCAAAUUCUGCCAAAACAUCAUUUGAAUUAGGAGAGCUUUGGGAUUCUGAGGAUCCAGAAGUAGCAAGAACUUUGAAUAUAAAAAAUCUUAGGAGAAAUAUUUUGCAUCCUGGAGAAUCCUUCCUAACCCCAGAGAUGAUACAAUCUUCAAUCCAUUCCUUAGCCUUUCAUGAUCAAUUUUAUGAUAUGACAGAAACCACACAAUCUGAGAUUCCAAGAAUAGAUGUCUUAUCUAAGGAGAGGACAAAGAGGAAGCAGGUGGAAGAGAUAGAGAACUCAUUCCAGAGUCUCUUCCAACAUCUGCCACAAAGACAGCGAUCACCAUCGAAGGCCUACCAGGCAGGAUCAGGUGCUCGAAGAGGUCUUUCCUCAUCCUUCUUAGGCAGAAAACAGAAUGUCUGGGAGAAUCACUCCCAGAGGCAGCGUCUACCUAGAAAAUAUCUCUCCACUAUGCUAAUGCUUGGUAAUGUUUUGGGGACCAAUAUGGAAAGGACACUUUGCCCUUCAACAUCUCUAAUGGAAAGAACAACUGCCAGUGCCUGUCAAUCUAUUCAUAAUUUAUUCGGGAUUCCAACUGAACUGAUGGAAUUUUCCCAGAGUCUGCUUGAGAAGGCUAGAGGUGCUAUUUCGCAGCCUUCAGUGGUCAAACACUACAUUCAAAGACACACUUCAUUCCAUAGUGAUGAGAAAGGCCUGGCCUUAAAGAUGUGGACACGUAGCUCCCUGUCCUCCAUAAUACAGCAAUACUGUAGGAGUCAAGUAAGAAUAAAGGAAAGGAACCCAGAGCCAUGUAAUAUACCACAGGAAACAAUUCAGCACAUACCUGUUUCAUAUAAAGAGUGCCAGCUUCCUGUCUCAGUAAAAUCAGGGUCUUCUUCCCUCAAUUUACUUUUUGUUAGUAAAGAUCCAAUUCUAAUGGGAGAAAGUGUGAGCUCACAUGACUCACAGACAAGGAUUAUUGAGUCUCAACACUCCCUCAAGUCAAGUUAUCUUUCCCAGUCCAAGAAUGAUUUUUCAGAACAGUUCCAGUUGCUACAAGACCUGCAGCUGAAAAUAGCAGCAAAACUACUAAGGUGUCAAAUACCCCACGAUGUGCCUCCACCUCUAGCUUCAGGCCUGGUUCUAAAAUACCCUAUCUGUUUACAGUGUGGUCGAUGUUCAGGAUUUAAUUGCUGUCAUAAAUUACAGGCCACUUUUGGGCCUUACCUUCUUAUCUAUCCACAGCUCCACCUUGUAAGCACUCCUGAAGGCCACGGAGAGAUAAGACUGCAUCUUGGCUUUAGGUUGCGAACUGGGAAAAGACCCCAAGUUCCAAAGUAUCAUAGAAGAGACACAUCUGGUACACCAAGGAGCUCUAAAUCACCAUCACUGAGAAAGACUAAAAUUUAUACUCAAGCUUCCAAGAGCCCUACUUCUACAAUAGAUUUUCAGUCUGAGCAUUCUCAGUAUUCACCUAUACACACUGGCACCAGUCAAAGGCAAAGGGGUAUCCCUAUUUUAGUGGGAAAGACAGGCACUGGAGAACUUGGGCAUUAUGAAUCUACUUUAGUUCAGUCUCUGCCAGAGACUGACUCUGAAAACAGUCAGUAUAGAAAACGGGCUAAAGGGAAAAUCCGAAAGACCCCUCAUUCAAGAUAUUCAAAGAAAAACGCCAAAGGGUCAAAAACAUCGAGCACUAAGUCUUACAUAAACAACAAAACCACAGUACAGAGGCCCUCUAGGGAAUUACCUACUCAGUUAAGGAAGACGAAGAGUGGAACAUCACAGACAACUACUCCUUUAAAAAGACAACCUAUAAAUUCUCCCCAACCCAGAUUCAUUCAACUGCUUUUUAAGGGCAUAAAGCAGGCAUUCCAAACAGCCCACAGAUUUGUGGCUUUGGUUGGUCAGAAGCCAGAAGACAGUAGAAGGCCAGACCAUUUGUGGCCAAGUAAAAAGUACUACCCAAGACAAAAAAAUGUAGACUAUCGCUCAGUAAAGGCUACGACAAAAAAGAUAUCAAUUGUUAAGUUAAGGUCAACUGACUCAACCACUAAGCAGGAAAACAUGCUGUGGGAAGAAACAAAACAACUAAGGUCAGCUCAACAACCAAAAAGUGAUAGCUCUUUCCAGUCUAGACUUAUAUGCCAGCCAAAGUCCACAGCUUCUCAAAAAAGUACAAUUUCCAAAACCAAUUCAUCCAAGAAUUCAGAGCAUCCAAGAAUGGCUCAAAAUGAUAGCAGCAACAAAAUCAAGAAAAAUUACAGAAAUGAAACCCCUAGUCAUAAGUCUAAGAACUCCAAAACAGGGACCAGAGAUCAGGUCCAAGAGAGAGUCCUACAUGGUUCUGCUGUGAGGAAAACCUCACAAUUUAAAGAGAAACCCACACAUAAGGAACAAAACCACACCGGUGUCUGUAGAGAUAGAAACCCCUAUAGUCCUUCUGAGAGAAGUCAAAACAAUCUCUCUGACAGAAGCCAUCUCUCUGUUUCUGGAGGGAACCAUCCAAGUCCUUCUCAGAGGAGCCAGAAAAGCCCCUGUGAGAGGAAAUGUCGUAGUCCUUCUGAAAGGAGAUGCCGCAGUCCUUCUGAGAGGAGAUGUCGCAGUUCUUCUGAGAGGAGAGGUCGCAAUCCCUCUGAGAAAACUUAUCCAACUCCUUCUGAAAAAAAUCAUCCUGGUUCUUAUGAGAAACGACAGCACAAGCUCUCAGAAAAGAAUCAUCGAAAUCCUUCUGAGAGGAGCCAACCAAGUAACUCUGAGAAGAGUGGGCCCAGCUACUCUGGGAGGAGUGGACACAGUCAAUCUGGGAAGAGCCAACAUAGUCACUCUGAGAGGAGCAGACACAGUCGUUCUGAAAAGAGUGAACACAGUCACUCUGAGAGGAGUAGACGCAGUCACUCUGGGAAGCGUGGACACAGCCAGUCUGAGAAAACCCCUGCCAGUUCCUCUGUGAAGACCCUUCACAGCUCUUCUCAGGAGAGAGUUAAGAGCAAUGGCCCUAAGGAGAGGCCUAGACACUUGUUGUUUAAAGAUGUCAAGAGUCACUCAAAGCUUUCAUCUGGAGCCUCCCCCCCAAAACCCAAAGCAGGCCAAAGUCAGAGGCCUGCAGCUCGGUCCUGCCCUCUAAAUCCUUGAUUCCCUCAAGCAUCAGCAGAACUGGCCUUUCCUGGCUUUUCCUUUUCAGCCGCCAUCCCUUCCCUCAGUCAUGAAGAGCACUGGGUCUCUAUGUGGAGGGAGAGGUGCUUGGGGGAUGGAUUUGUACUUUAUGAUGAAUAAAGAGGCAAAACUUGA